AUGGACGAGAGGGAGUCCCUCGUUCAUCCACAUGCUCCGAAAGACUCAUUUGCCAUUUGGUGGAGGACAUUCUACAAGAGGAGCAGUUUCCGGACUGCCAUCCUCUCUCUGGCUGUACUUUUGGUGUUGGCCUUUGCAGUUUUUGUUUUCGGAAGGCUUCCCAAAGGGAUCGCCUUCCUGGCUCCUGAUUUUGUAAAAGGCUUCGGCAGCUGCUACCAGGUGGGCAUGUACUAUGCGGAUCCGGUGAGACUACCUCACCUUUUCAAAUCGCUGCAGCCAGAUGCUCAAGCGUGCCAGGGGGAGUGUGCCAUCAGCAUUGGCUGCACACACUUCACCUAUUGGCCCGAUGGUGGCUGUCUGUUGACCGGCCCAACGUCCCAUUUGAAGGCGGCUCCGGAAGCCUAUGCACGGAGCAUCACAGGGCCGCGGGAGUGCCCGGAGGUGGAGGAGGUUCCGUCGCAUGCGGCUGAACCGUCAAGGGCGAAAGUGGUGGAUUUCAGCGUAGACGGUGCGCCAAUGCAGCCGUCCGUCCCGCGUGCGAAUCCCUGGUCCCGCGAGGCCCGAGUACUUGGUCAGAAUGGUAGCAGCUGCAGCGCCUAUCCAACCUGCGCAGAGGACCGGCUACAAGGAGAAUGCUGUCCCAACGAUGAAGGCGUAAUGCUGAGCUGCUGCAAGGGGCCUCUGCUGAACGCAGAGGAAGCAGCUCCAGGAAGUGCCUGCAGUUCCUUCAAGGCCUGCAUGGCCAUGAACUUGAGAGAGGGUGCCUGCUGCCCAAGUCCAGCUGGCAUCAGGUUGAGGUUUGACGCUGGCUAUGCUGGCUAUGCUGAUGAUAUACUGGUGGCUUCGAAGUCUCGCCAAAGUUGCAUCACUGCUCGACCCAAUGAGCUCAUCCCGGAAGUGCCCACGGAAUCCAAGAUGAAGAUCUUCAGAUUGCUCCAUGACUAUUGCAUGGAAGCUUGGGCGGAUCUUCACAGCUCAAAUCCGCAGGACGCUGAUGGCUCCAGACUCUUAGAAAAACUGAAAGAACUGCCGUUGUUGGUGCCCUUCUUGCAUCAACAAAGCCUGGCAAUUCCAGUGAGCGUCAAGGCACGCGUAUUGAAGAUGGCUGCCUUGUAUGAUCUACCGCAAAGCAUGCGGCUCCUCGAUGAAGAGCUCCUGUCACGAGCGCGGGAUCGUCUCAUGGCACUGGGUGAUUUGCCCUCGCAGGUGGAAUUGGAGGAGCUGGCGAAGAAGGUCAGAUCCGAGCUCAGUAGCAACGUGGCAGAGGACGCGUCCAUCCUGUCAGGCCAUGUGCCCGGAAUCCACGAAGCACCUCAGGUUUCGGGGCUUGGUCUGAAGAUCUUGGGGAAGUGUGGGGAAAAGGACAUCCUUCUGAAGUCACAUAUUAAGGGAGUCUUGCGAAAUCUCAAAGCGGACCAUGCCGAAUGGCUGUAA